CGCUGGUGGCGGGGCCGGCGGCAGGGCAGACGCAGGUGGGUCCGCGAGCGCGUCGGAGGGACUGAAUCCAGAUCCUGGGAGUCCUGGAGCCCCGUGCGGGGAGCACCCAGGAUGCCCCGUGGUGACUCGGAGCAGGUGCGCUAUUGCGCGCGUUUCUCCUACAUCUGGCUCAAGUUCUCGCUCAUCUUCUACUCCACAGUGUUCUGGGUGAUUGGGGCCCUGGUGCUGUCUGUCGGCAUCUACGCAGAGGUCGAGCGGCAGAAAUACAAGACCCUGGAGAGUGCCUUCCUGGCCCCGGCCAUCAUCCUCAUCCUCCUGGGGGUCAUCAUGUUCAUAGUCUCCUUCAUUGGUGUACUGGCUUCCCUCCGGGACAACCUGUGCCUUCUCCAGUCGUUCAUGUAUAUCCUGGGGAUCUGCCUCAUCAUCGAGCUCAUUGGCGGUGUGGUGGCCUUGAUCUUCCGGAACCAGACCAUUGACUUCCUGAACAACAACAUUCGAAGAGGAAUUGAGAACUACUAUGAUGACCUCGAUUUCAAAAACAUCAUGGACUUCGUUCAGAAGCAGUUCAAGUGCUGUGGUGGGGAAGACUACCGAGAUUGGAACAAAAACCAGUACCAUGACUGCACUGCCCCCGGGCCCCUGGCCUGUGGUGUACCCUAUACCUGCUGCUUCACAAACAAGACAGAAGUGGUCAAUACCAUGUGUGGCUACAAGACUAUCAACAAGGAGCGCCUGGUUGUUCAGGAUGCCAUCUAUGUGCGGGGCUGCACCAACGCCGUGCUCAUCUGGUUCAUGGAUAACUACACCAUCAUGGCAGGCAUCCUCCUGGGCAUCCUGCUCCCUCAGUUCCUGGGGGUGCUGCUGACCAUCUUGUACAUCACCCGCGUGGAGGACAUCAUUGACGAGUACUCGGCCACCGACGGGCUCCUGGGGCCCGGUGCCAAGCCCACCGUGGAUGCAGCGGGUACCGGGUGCUGCAUGUGCUACCCCAAUUAG